CGAGGUCACGACGUGGAACUGACGGACUGUGUGAUAACCUUGGGUGCGAUAAACCACUACAACCCCGAUAAAUCCAGAUUUUGCCGGGUCAUUUUCAUUUACUUCAAAUCAUUCGGACAUAGGACUGAAGUAAAUCGGAGGAUUUCUUGUGUUUUGGUGUUGUCACAUCAUCAUUCUUCAUGGAUGGGACACCAAACAAUGUGCCUGGCAACUCGGUCAGCAGUCAGCCAGGGUUUUUGGUCAGACUUUACAGAGGUAUUGGCAUGAUUCUGUUUAAUAUUCCAUUGCAGAGAUAUCAAAUAAUACUGGACAAGUCAGUGCCUCAUCCCGUGGCCCGAUGGUCACUGACGGUCAUCCUGUGUCUUCUCUACGUCCUGAGAGUGAUGCUUCUGCAGGGCUGGUAUAUAGUCACCUAUGCGCUCGGCAUUUACCAUCUCAACCUCUUCAUUGCUUUCCUAUCACCCAAAAUUGAUCCAGCACUGACAGACGACUCAGAGGAUGGCCCUGAGUUACCAACAAAAUCCAAUGAAGAGUUCAGACCGUUCAUCAGAAGAUUACCUGAGUUUAAAUUUUGGUUGUCUGCUACCAAAGCUGUCCUGGUUGCUACCUUUUGUACAUUCUUUGAAGUCUUUGAUGUUCCCGUCUUCUGGCCCAUCUUGGUCAUGUAUUUCAUCAUUCUCUUCUGUCUAACAAUGAAGCGACAAAUUAAGCAUAUGGUCAAGUAUAAGUAUCUUCCAUGGACCCGAGGCAAAGCCAAGUAUCGUGGCAAGGAAGAUUCAGGAGAUGUCAUUCGCUAAGAGUUUCAGCAACACCCAUCCAUACUUUAGAGCUCACUAGAGAUGUUUUUAUAGGGGUUAAUAGUAGAAUGGUAAAAAUCCUGGGCGGCAAAAUAAAGCAUUUGUGAUUGGUCAUUAAAAAUACUGGACAUCUCGGCAACAUUCCAUGACCACACUUCAUUUAGACACUGUAUGAUUGGAAUAUAUGUGCACUUGUAUUGUCAAAUUGUGAAACUGUUCAUGGGAUGUUUAGAAAUUAGAAGUUGGAAACUGUUGGCAAUCAACUGUGACCAGAGGGGGUUGCAAUUCUGGUCUUUUCUGGCCAAAGUGGUCACUGAAAUGUUAGUCUCAAAGACAGGUCCUCCAAGAUCAUUGAUUCUUUCCUUAGAUUUACUCUCUGUCUUGAUAUUGUCCCUGCCAACCAACCAUGUUGGAUUUUGUUGCUGAGAUUUUCUUGAUAGAAGUCUGGCACUCAUUAAAUGCAUUUCUGUUUUUUGUCCAGAAACACUUCUUGUGACUGCAAAGUCGCAAAGUUUAAUUUUGUCACAUUUCAUGACUUUUGAUCAGUCCUCUCGCAAAGCUGCAACAACUUAUUUAUUCCCGGAACCUAUCUUCAAUUCAGUUGUGUUGUAUUAUCCUUUUAUAAUUAUUACUGUAAAUACUUGUAAAAAAAACGGAGCACAAUACAUUGAAAUUUGUCUUCAAGAUUUCUUCUCAUAAAUGUAUAUUCUCUGAAAAUACAUAUACGUAUGUGAGAGUUUCAGUGAAUCAUACUUCUCAUCAGAAUCGUGUUGUUUCUUUGCAAAUGCUUGAAAUUUUCUCAAGAAUGCUUACAGUAUACAUGUUUCAGAGGUAAGGAGGAAAGGGAAAUUUAAUUUGGGUUUAUUUUGAGGGAGAGAAAAUGCUCUUUUUCUGUGCUAAUUCACAAACUUUUUCAACGUAAUUCUUUUCUCAGAUGUACUUCUGUAUCAGCUUGAACUUCAAAUUAGGAAUAUCACCCAUGUGGUUCAGCACACAUUGUUUUGGUGUUUUCUGCAUACAUGUGUGUAGAGAGGUAUUCUUUUUAUAAGGGGUAAGGGUCGAUGAGUUGAGCUUCUUUUAUGAUCGGCACUGACAUAUUUUACUGAUGUAAAUCUUUGUGAACACACAAAGCUGAAUUUACCUGUGAAAUAACCGUAGGUUAAAGAUCUUUAAAGUAUGUAGUGCCAUGUGAAUGGCCCACCCCCAAAAGGGGAAUGUUCAGUUUUUCUAAGCCUUGGGGUUUAGGUAAAAGCUUUCAAAGAUUAGUUUGCAUUCGGUAUAAGUACCAUUGUAUCCCGUUGUUAAAUCAAAGACCGAUGCUGUGCAUUUAGUGCAUGGUGACAGACCGGCAGUUUUGUGUAAACAUCGUUUUUUUCUAAGUAAUAUCUUGUUCUGAAGACCUGGGUAUUUUGUUGCCAUCUACCUAACAGAAAAAAACUUGUGCUGAAAGAUUUGUUGACACCUGUUAUUGACAUUUUGAAUGCAAGCUGUCAGAUUAUUUAUGCAAAUUGAUCUCCUUCAUUCAGUGUGGUUGUGGAAUGAAAAACUGUUGGUAUAUUUUGCGCUGAGGGGGGCACUUAAAAAGUUUGUAUAUGUGAAUAGAACUUGAAAAUAUGUAUGUAGAAACUCGAGACCUGACGAAUUUGAUUAAAACUGAUGAAACAGUGUGUUGCAUUUCUUUAACUUUCUUGUGUAGUACUCUGAAUAAUUACAAAAGUAUUGGUUUUUCAAUAAACACUGUUACAUAUGUA